AUGCCUUUACCACAUAUUAUUCUACUCUAUUCGAAGCUAGCUGCCCAACUGACCUUAUACACUACCUUUCUUCUAUAUCGCUCUAGUCCCUUCUUCCGAACUAGAUACAAUCCCUCUGGAUACCAUCAGGAGAGCAAACUUCAAAAUACCGAAGUUGUAUAUAACGUCACAAAGCCUCUACUAGUUUGCAUUUCAAAUCAAAUUGAGAGAGCGGUGGAGACACGCGCUAAUCUAGUCGCAAAUUAUAUUUUAACCCGACCCCGAGCUAUCUCCAUGAAAUUUGAUGACUAUAUAGAUUGUGAGACUAUUAUGCUUCCUGACAUCCCUCUAGACAUUAAACUUAUUAAAGGCAGGAUUAUUUGCGUAGAAGAGGAAUACCUAUCCCCUGAAUGCUCAACUACAUAUCUAAAAAACAAAAAGCUGGCUGUGAUCAUGUUGUCAAACAUUAGUCAAGGACCGAGAUCUUCACUAGGGCCUCUAGAUAUUGACUGA